GUAAAACUCGAUAAUCGUCAGAGCACAGUGCACUAUAUCGUUGUCCUGCAGCAGUUGUAGUUGGUAACUGCAGUGACUUGAUCGACGAACGAAUACGUCGACAGCCAAUUUCACAAUGGCUACCACGACUGUGAUCCAAGCAGCUAUCUUAGGGCUUAUUGUUAUAUCUGGUGCGUUUGCAGACGUCAUACAUUUAAAAAAUGUCAAGUCAUGCCAUAAAACAGAAUCCCAGAAGCAGAAAGACUUUGGCGAUCUUGCGUCUGCGACCGAUGAUCAUGCUAAUUCUUACUCCCAUCAUCCUUCCGCGUUCUCUUUAGGAGACAAGUCCAUUGGUCUUCCAUCUACUCCGGCUUCAUUUAAAUACGGAACUCAACCAACACCGGCUCCGUUCGUGUUCAGUUCGCUGCAGUCCACCCCUGCACCAUUCGCAUACAGCAGUUCGUCGUCUGUGCCAGCGUUGUUCUCGGACAGUACUCAGCCCACUCCUGCACCGUUCGAGUUCAGAUCAUUACAAUCUACGGCUACCCCUUUAGCAUAUAACGGUCAAUCAUCAACACCAGAGGACUCUUUCAAGUCCAUUGCCACGUUCUACUCUCAAUCUACUCCUUCCACAUUCGCGAUUGAAUCUCAAUCUACUCCUGCGCCAUUUGCGUUUAGUGAUUCGUCCUCUUCCCCAGAAGUUUCAGUCAAGCCCUUUGCCACGUCUGGAAUUCACCCCACUCCUGCUCCGUUAGAAUACAGCGCUUCUUCAUCUACACCAGAAAAUUCAUUCAAUUCCAUCGCCACCUCCUACUCACAGUCUACUUCUGCUCCAUUCACGAUCGAAUCUCAGUCCACCCCUUUGCCAUUUGUGUUUAGUGGCUUAUCUUCUGGUCCAGCAGUUUCAGUUAAAUCCUUUGGCACGAUUGGAUCUCAGUCCGUUCCUUCUCAAUUCACGUACUCGCAGGGAAGCGCCUUUGCUCAGUCUGGAGGAUACUCUGCACCAUCUCCGUCUCACGAAAUCACUAUCAACCGAGAAGUACCCGUACCGUACUACGUUCAAAUCGAGAAGCGCAUACCGUAUCCAGUGCUGGUGCGCGUACCACAUCCAUACCAGGUAACUGUCGAGAAACAUGUUCCGUAUGCAGUUCGCGUACACGUUGACCGACCUGUGCCCGUUCCGAGUCCAUAUCCAGUUGAAGUAGAGAAACGUGUCCCAUAUCCCGUAGACAAACCAGUGCCGUACGAAGUUCGCGUACCAGUAGACCGGCCAUAUCCAGUAAGCGUACCAUAUGAAAAACCAGUGCCAUACGCGGUGGAGAAGCCGGUACCUUAUCCAGUUCGCGUUAACGUCGACCGUCCAUAUCCUGUCGAAAAACCUGUGCCAUACCCUGUUGCCGUCGAACGCCCAGUUCCAUAUGCUGUCGAAAAGCCUGUACCAUAUCCAGUUGAAAAGCCAGUCCCAUAUCCUGUCGAAAAGCGGAUCCCGUAUCCGGUUAAGUACGAGGUGCCAGUCAAUGUGCCGGUCCCCGUCCAGGUCAGGGUGCCCGUGAACGUCGACAGGCCAGUACCUUAUCCAGUUGAAAAAAAGGUCCCGUAUCCUGUAGCCGUACCGUACGAGGUCAAGGUCCCGGUACCUGUCCAAACGCCAGCUCAACGUUUUGCAACUGUCCACUAUUAUCAACAAUCACCGAUCGUCGUACAGCAAGGAUCGUAUAAGUCAUAUGCUUCGGGAUCGACAGCAGCUCCAGCCACCGACAAUCUCCUCAUUCAAUCUUCCUUAGUGUCUGGAUCUGGACAGAUUAAAUCUGAUUUCACUGGAUCUAACUAUAUCAGAUCUGAAUAUGCCGGAUCAGGCCUAGCUCAGGAGAGUGGCUCGUAUGAUUUUGGGCAACAGUCAUUCUACGGUUCCUCAACUCCCGCUCCGUCUUCGACAGCUAGUUAUAUAGCAUCAUCGUCUUCACCCCAGUACGAAUCGUCGGACUUCGAAGCAUUAGCCAGACAAGUUUCUGUCGGAGGGUCGGCCAUCACUGAGUCUCAACAGACCGAUAAUCUUGAUGUCGGGAAGAAAUAAAUCUUCGGAAUAUUUUUCGAAUUAUGACAAUACCAUAUUUACUUUUCAUAAAAGCCAUACUAUAUCAUAAUAUCAUAUAAUUAUAUUUUAAUAAACACGUUACCUGUAUUAUAAGUAUACAUAUUGUAAUAAUAUAGUGGUUCUCGAUUUGGUAAUUA